CUCCAUGCGGCUCGGGCUAUGACAGCCUCCGUGCUCCUCCACCCCCGCUGGAUCGAGCCCACCGUCAUGUUCCUCUACGACAACGGCGGCGGCCUGGUGGCCGACGAGCUCAACAAGAACAUGGAAGGGGCGGCGGCGGCGGCGGCGGCGGCGGCAGCGGCGGCGGCGGCCGGGGCCGGGGGCGGGGGCUUCCCCCAUCCGGCGGCCGCGGCCGCGGGGGGCAAUUUCUCGGUGGCGGCGGCGGCGGCAGCGGCGGCGGCGGCCGCGGCCAACCAAUGCCGCAACCUGAUGGCGCACCCCGCGCCCCUGGCGCCCGGCGCCGCGGCCGCUUACAGCAGCGCUCCGGGGGAGGCGCCCCCGUCCGCCGCCGCCGCCGCCGCCGCCGCUGCUGCCGCCGCCGCCGCCGCCGCCGCCGCGUCGUCCUCCGGAGGCCCCGGCCCCGCAGGCCCGGCGGGCUCCGAGGCCGCCAAGCAAUGCAGCCCCUGCUCGGCGGCGGCGCAGACGUCCUCGGGCCCCGCGGCCCUGCCCUACGGUUAUUUCGGCAGCGGCUACUACCCGUGCGCCCGCAUGGGCCCGCACCCCAACGCCAUCAAGUCGUGCGCGCAGCCCGCCUCGGCCGCCGCCUUCGCGGACAAGUACAUGGACACCGCCGGCCCCGCGGCAGAGGAGUUCAGCUCCCGCGCUAAGGAGUUUGCCUUCUACCACCAGGGCUACGCAGCCGGGCCUUACCACCACCACCAGCCGGUGCCCGGCUACCUGGAUAUGCCAGUGGUACCCGGGCUCGGGGGCCCGGGCGAGUCGCGCCAUGAGCCCCUUGGGCUUCCCAUGGAAAGCUAUCAGCCCUGGGCGCUGCCCAACGGCUGGAACGGCCAAAUGUACUGCCCCAAAGAGCAGACGCAGCCUCCCCACCUCUGGAAGUCCACUCUUCCCGAUGUCGUUUCCCAUCCCUCGGACGCCAGCUCCUAUAGGAGGGGGAGGAAGAAACGGGUGCCUUACACUAAGGUACAAUUAAAAGAACUCGAACGGGAAUACGCUACGAACAAAUUCAUUACUAAGGACAAGCGGCGGAGGAUAUCGGCCACAACAAACCUCUCUGAGAGGCAGGUCACCAUCUGGUUCCAGAACAGGAGGGUCAAAGAGAAAAAAGUCAUCAAUAAACUGAAGACCACCAGUUAAUGGAUUUAAAAGUGGAGCAGAAGACAACUUGAAGAGGUGCAUCAGGACUCCUUGCUUUGCCCAGAUAAUGAUAACGUUUGAUAAUAAUUGAAGAAUUGGAAAGAGAGACACUGACAUUUUGCUCUCUUUCUCUU